CCAGCGAGGGUGUGCCCAACUUUUUGCUGUUUAUAAGUGUUACUGCCAUGAACAUCUCUAUACACAUACAUUCCUUUGGGAUUAGUUCCUUGAGGUGGAAUUUCUGGAAUUAAAGUGCAUGAGCAGUAGAAGCCUCUUAUCGUAUUUUAUCACUCUUCUCUGCCUGUGGAACUUGACACCACAGCAGGUCUCCCUCCAUCGACCACACAUAGGACCCUGAUUCGGGAGGUCCAGUGGCAGGGACAAGGAUGGCCAGGCUGUUUGUGGUCACGAGCGCUUCUCUGCUCCUCCUAGGCUGAGGCUGGGCCGGCAGCCAUGGGGCUGGGUGGACCCCAGGCCUGGCUGUUGCGCUUGCCCACAGCCGUGGUGUAUGGCUCCCUGGCCCUCUUCAUCUCUGUUCUGCACAACGUGUUUCUGCUUUACUAUGUGGACACCUUUGUCUCGGUGUACAAGAUCAGCAAAGCUUCCUUCUGGGUCGGAGAGACGGUGUUUCUCCUGUGGAACAGCCUCAACGACCCCCUCUUCGGCUGGCUGAGUGACCGCCAGUUCCUCGGCUCCCAGCCCCGGUGGGGCAGUGGGCUCUCCUCCAGGGCCGUGGUGCUUGCACGGGUGCGGGCACUCGGCCGGCACGGGCCGCUGCUGGCGCUGUCGUUCCUGGCUUUCUGGGUGCCCUGGGCCCCCGCCGGCCUGCAGUUCCUGUUGUGCCUGUGCCUCUACGACAGCUUCCUGACGCUCGUGGACCUGCACCACCACGCCUUGCUGGCGGACCUGGCCCUCUCAGCCCACGACCGCACCCACCUCAACUUCUACUGCUCCCUCUUCAGUGCGGCCGGCUCCCUCUCUGUCUUCGCCUCCUACGCCUUCUGGAACAAGGAGGACUUCUCUUCCUUCCGUGCCUUCUGCGUGGCGCUGGCCGCUGGCUCUGGGCUAGGCUUUGUGGGCGCCACACGGCUGCUGCGCCGGCGGGUUGAGGCGGCUGGUAGGGAGCCGGGGUGUCCAGACCUGGCUGUGGAUGGCGGCCUGUGUGGAGAGGAGCUGCUUGUGGGCGGCGAGGAGGUGGGCAGCAUCACCUUGGGCCAGUACCUCCGGCAGCUGGCACGUCACCGGAACUUCCUGUGGUUCGUGGGCAUGGACCUGGUGCAGGUCUUCCACUGCCACUUCAACAGCAACUUCUUCCCCCUCUUCCUGGAGCAGCUCCUAUCCGACCGCAUCUCCCUCUCCACCGGCUCCUUCCUCCUGGGCGUCUCCUAUGUCGCCCCCCAUCUCAACAACCUCUACUUCCUGCCCCUGUGCCGGCGCUGGGGCGUCUACACCGUGGUGCGGGGGCUCUUCCUGCUCAAGCUGGGCCUGAGCCUGCUCAUGCUCCUGGCCGGCCCCGACCGCCCCGGCCUGCUCUGCCUCUUCAUCGCCAGCAACCGUGUCUUCACCGAGGGCACCUGUAAGCUGCUGACCUUGGUGGUCACUGACCUGGUGGAUGAGGACCUGGUGCUGAACCACCGCAAGCAGGCGGCCUCGGCGCUCCUCUUCGGCAUGGUGGCCCUGGUGACCAAGCCAGGCCAAACCUUCGCCCCGCUGCUGGGCACCUGGCUGCUGUGCUUCUACACAGGUCACGAUCUCUUCCAGCAGCCCCCACUGAUCCCUGUCGGGAGUGCCCAGCCCUGGCCAGAGCCCCCGGCCCCACCCCCCGCUCAGGCCCCAACGCUCCGCCAGGGCUGCUUCUACCUGCUGGUGCUGGUGCCCAUCACCUGUGCUCUGCUGCAGCUGUUCACCUGGUCCAAGUUCACGCUGCACGGGAGACACCUGCACAUGGUCAAAGCCCAGCGCCAGAACCUGUCACAAGCCCAGACCCUGGACAUUAAGACAGUGUGAGAGGUGCAGCGAGGCCACCCUGAGGAGGACACUUCCCAUACCUCUGGGCAGGAGCCACUUUUGCCAGCCCGGUGUCCUGCUCCCCUGCCUUCCUUGGUGCAGCUUGGAGGCCAGAUGGCAGAAUGGGCUCCCCUGGGUCUGAGCCAGGGGUGUCACUGGAUCUGAGACCCUGCUUGGCUUCCUGGCCCAGCUUGGGCAAGGGCUGAGCCAAAUUUGCUCAGGGACCUGCUCCCCACUAUGGGGCAAGAGUAAGAAAAGGACCGAGAAGGGAUGGGAUACCCUGUGGUCACGUGGGGCUGCCACAGGGUGGCCUAUCCCACUACCUGGCUGGGGCUGGCACUGCCUGUGGGCUCAGGAACCACUUUCGAUACCGCACAACUGCCCCCUUCCAUCCGGUUGUGGGAAGCUGACUGUAAACCCCACCAGCCCUGUCCCUCCACCCUUCCAGUGGGUCCUCUGCUUCGGCGGCGCCUGAAGGAGCAUGCCCCCACUGCUGCAGGGCUUCCCUGCCCCACCCGGCCCCUGAAGAGAUUCAGUUCAUCACAGACGAUUAAAGUCGUUCUGUUCCCACUCCCGAGGUCUGUGCUGUGUGUGGGAGUGGCGGGUUGGCGAAUAGGAUUCCUCACAUAACACGAAAAGCACUCGGAGAGCAUUUUCCAAAGGUGAGUUGGGAGGCCACCCACCUCCGAUUCGUGGUGGUCACAGGGAGAACAUGUGGACCAGUGACCGCAUGGGCACUUGGGAGCAAAAGGCCUUCAGGUAGUAGCCCCGCUGCUGGACAUGGUGGUCAAGGAAGAGCGGCUGCUCUUAGGCCAGCGGUCCUCAACCUUGGAGACGCCAGGGAGCUUUAAAAAGUGAUGUCUGAGCCCUGUUCCCCAGGAUCCUGCUCUCGUGGGUCUGGGGUAUGGCCUGGGCACGCAGUUUCUGGGAAGCUCUGGUGAUCUCACCUAUGCUCUGGGCCAGUGUUUCUCAGCCUUGGCAUCCAGGCCUCUGCUUAGAUGCCAGGAGCACACCCUUCCCCACCCCUCUGUCCCCCACUGUUGUGACCACCAGAUGUUUUUGGGCAUUGGCAAAUGUGUAUGGGUGGCAAAACUGACCUUGACAGAGAACCACUGCUCUGGACCAAUGAUUUGUUGGUCUGCAUAGUGUCUAAGAAUGUAGACUCUAGGGCUACACUGUUGAGUUCAAAUCCUAGCUAAUAAGGGGCAGUGCUUUGGGAAUACAUGACUUCUCUGUGGCUCCACUUUCUCAUCUAGAAAGUGGGUGA